AUGACCACAUCCAUUGUGGGCGGCUCAUCGCCGUCUCGCCCGAGGAUCCUGUUCCUCGACGCCUACGACUCGUUCUCCAACAACAUCACGGCCCUCCUCGCCACGCUGCUCGGCGCCGACGUCCAUGUCCUGCCCAUUGACGCACCGCUGGACCGGGACGCCUUUUGUGCCGAGCUUGCCUGCUAUGAUGCUAUCGUCUGCGGGCCGGGACCCGGGUCGCCCAACUGCCCGGCCGACAUUGGCCUCAUGAAACACGUGUGGGCGGCCCACACCCUUGAUGCGAACGCGACAGCGACGCACAGCACACCCGCGCUCGGCAUCUGCCUGGGCUUCCAAAGCCUGGUGCUGGCCCACGGUGGCCGGAUCCGGCGGCUGCGCUCGGGCGGUCUGCACGGCAUGGUGCGGCCUGUCGAGGUCAACGAGCGGGCGGCCGACAUCUUUUCGGGCGUGGCAGCCCCGUUCCGCGCCACGCUGUACCACAGUCUCGGCGCCGACAUGGGACAAGACGACAUUGCCGACGUGGACUGGCCGACGGCGCGGUGGAUGCUGUCCACGCCCAAGGGCGACCUGGUGCCGCUGGCCUGGGUGGACGAAAGGGAGGAUGCGUCGCUGGGCGGCACGUCCAGCGAGCGGCUGCUGAUGGGCGUGCGUCAUCGGUCGCUGCCGUUCUGGGGUCUGCAGUACCACCCCGAGUCCGUGUGUACCGAUGCGGCGAGCCACACCGUGCUGGUCAACUGGUUCCGGGCAGCGCUGACGUGGAACGUCGAGCACGGCCGUGUCCGGGCGGAGCCGUCAACGACACUCGCCUCCCGUGGCGGCGGCCUGGCUGCACAUCAGGCAACGCGGCCGAGUCUUUUGUCUCUGCAGCCAUCUGUGCUGGGGGAAGCGACCAGACACACAACGAACGGCCGUGGAGCAAACGGGACGAAUGGACAUGGAAUGACCAUGCUGGAUGCCCUGCGCCACCAGACGCCCAGCCGUUUCGUCUCGCAAACAAUCCCGCUGCCGAGCCAUGUGGAGGUGCCGGACAUUGUGGAGGCACUGCAGGUUGGCCGGGUGGACGGCAGCGAGCCAGAACAGAUGAUCUUGGACUCGGCCAGCGCGGCGUCGGGAACGAACCACACGCAAACCGAAGACACAGUGGGCGACGAUGACACGGCCAACGACGAGGCCAUCCGCGGUCGUUUCAGCAUCAUCGCCCUCGAUGUAGGCGCCGCGCUGCGGAUCGAGUACCGCACGGGCGAUCGUUUUGCGUCCAUUCGCCUGCCACGCACGUCGCCCGACACCGUCAACAUCUCGCUGCAGGAGACACAGACCAUCUGGCAGCUGCUGGCCGAGGUGCACGAGAGUCGUCGUCUUCCCCAGGAGGACGUGGCUGCCGCCACCCACAGCAGGGCCAGCCCCUUUCUCGGCGGUUUCAUGGGGUACGUUUCGUACGAGCAGGGCCUGGGCGACAUUGGUGUCCCGCUGCCGGGUGCGGGCGACGAGGGCGGCGGCCGUGGCCACAACCGACCGGACGUUUGCUUUGCUUGGGUGACGAAGAGCAUUGUUGUGGACCACGUGCUCGGUGUUGUUCACGUGCAGCAUCUCGAGGCAGGUGCGACUCAUGCCAACGGGACGAGUGGAGUCAGUGGCGUCGGUAGUGCAAAUGGUGCAAGAUGCACCCACGGCAGGAGCAACGCAAACGGUCAAAAUGGGAAGGCGCAAUCCUCUUGGGUCGACGGCGUGGCUGCACAACUGCAGACGUCAAAGCAAUGGCAGUCGGCCGCUCGAACGUCUGCCAUGCCGACGUCCAUACCAACGUCGCCCAUGCUCCCUCGCGUCGUUCACACCCAACUGCCCGACGUCCAGGCCUACGAACACAAGGUCCGCGCCUGCCAGGAACACAUUGCCGCCGGCGACGCCUACGAGCUGUGUCUGACCGACGAGACGCGCAUUGCCACGGCAUCGCCUGCCGCUUCUUCGUGUUCGUCGUCCUCGGCCUGGAACUACUACCGCCUGCUGCGCAAGAAGAACCCGGCGCCCUUUGCGUCCUUCCUCCGCCUCGGCGGCGCCACGCUCGUGAGCAGCUCGCCGGAACGCUUUCUCUGCUUCUCGCCCCGGAUGGACGACGACGGCAGGACCGACGGCUCCUGUGCCGGCACCAGCACGCUCUGCUCGAUGCGUCCCAUGAAGGGCACCGUGCGCCGCUCUGCCGCGGUGGCCACGCUCGCGCAGGCGGAGGCGCUGCUGCACGUCCCCAAGGAAGAGGCCGAGAACCUCAUGAUUGUCGACCUCGUGCGCCACGACCUGCACGGCGUCUGCGGGCCGGGCCACGUCACGGUGCCGCGGCUGCUGCAGGUCGAGCCGUACGGCCACGUCUUCCAGAUGGUGACGGUCGUGGAGGGCGCGCUCGCGGCCCAACGGGGCUACACGGGCCUGGACGUCCUCGCCGCGAGCCUGCCGCCGGGCAGCAUGACGGGCGCGCCCAAGAAGCGGAGCUGCGCUCUGCUGCGGGCGCUGGAAGAGCGGCCGCCGUCGCCGCGGAGCGGUGCAGCCGGCGCGGCCCCUGGCGAGCGCAGCCUGUACUCGGGCGUUGUCGGCUACCUCUGUGUCUCUGGCCGCGGCGACUGGAGCGUGACGAUCCGCAGUCUGUUCCGGUGGGACGACGAGACGACGUUUGUCGACAGCAGCAGCGACAGAGACAAUGGAUCCGGGGCGGAAACGACGCGGCAAGACGUGUGGCACAUUGGUGCGGGUGGUGCGGUGACGAUCCUGAGCACGCCCGAGGGCGAGCGGGACGAAAUGUUUGUCAAGCUGUCACGGCCGCUGAGCAUUUUCGAGUAA